AUGGCGGGAAAUACAGACAUUGAUUCGACAACAGAAACCACUGCUCAAAAUGAUGAUAAUCACGACCAAGAAAGUAACAAAUCCCAAAAAAUAGUGAAGCUACCGCUUACAAGGAUCAAAUCAAUAAUGAAAAUGGACCCUGAUGUUACCCUUGCUAGCCAGGAUGCAGUUAUUUUGAUUGCAAAAGCGACGGAAAUUUUUAUCAAUGACAUGGCAAAAGAGGCGUAUACAUUUACUGCACAAGGUAAAAGGAAAACUGUGCAACGAAAAGAUGUUGAUAAUGCAAUAGUAGGAAUCGAUGCCUUGGCUUUCCUAGAGGGAACAAUUGAUACCUGAAGAUCUGAGUGAAAUUGAUAAAACUGGCUAUGAUUAUAUGAGAUUGAUAUUUGGAGCAGAAAGAAAAACAGAUACUUUAAGUACUUGAUUUCUCUCUAAAAUGUUCAUCAGGUACGAUAAUCGGACAAAAUGUGUAAGAAACACAAGUGUUUUCGUUGUGGAUUGAAGUACAUCUAAGAUUGAAAAACUUUGUUAUUUGAUUGUAUACAAAUUGUAGUACAUCUCCCUUCCUUGUUGAACUUUAGUCAGGUAUAAAUGAUUGAAAAGUACUUGUACACAGGGCUAGAACUCUCUUUUGUCAGAGGGGCAAUGCAUCUUUGGGCCAUAAAGGGCGCUUUCACCCUUUUAAAAAAAUAAGAAUUGGGGACCCUUCGCAUUGAAAUUAUUGAAGAAAACCUGCUGAGGAAGAUCGGCUUUGCGGGGCACCAUGGUAACAAAGAGGAUAUUGAAGGAAUUGCCUGUGAAUUUGAUACCUCUGAUAAUUUGUCGCCCUGGGUUCUUGCCUAACCUUUUGCCAGUCUUUUAGAUAUUAUGAGGAGAGACUAAAGGAGUUUGAAGAAGUGGCAGUCGAUGUCAUUACCAACAUGUGCUAUUUCAGGACCCAUUCUGAAAAUUUGUUGUUGUGUUGUAUUGUCUAUAUUAUAUGUGUAUGUACAAAAUGUAUAAACAAGAAAACUAGGAAAUAAAAGAUGGAGAAGGAAA